GCGGAGGAGGAUGGGUUCAGAAAAAACUAAUACGUGACGGACGGAGGCUUCUCCAUUAGAUGAGAAAGUCGUUCGCUCGAGCCAAACGACCACUCUGCGCCUCAGAAACAGCGGCGAAUGGAGAACAGAUCACUGCAGCCGGUGGCCGAUGCCGAGGGCGGCAGAGGAGACGACGAUCUCCUCCCCAUCCGGCGACUGGAGAUCUCGGACAACUCCAAGGGCUUCGUCGAACUCCUCGCCCAGCUCAGCCCCUGCCCCCCUCUCUCGGACGCCGACUUCUCAGCCCGUUUCGCCGAUCUCGCCGCCCUCGGCGACGAUCACGUCAUCUGCGUCAUUGAGGACCCCCGCUCCGGCCGGAUCAUCGCCACUGGCAGCGUCUUCAUCGAGAGGAAGUUCCUCCGGGGCUGCGCUAAGGUCGGCCACAUCGAGGAUGUCGUCGUCGACACCGCCGUCCGCUGCCGCCACCUCGGCCAGCGGGUGGUCCAGUACCUCGUGGAGCACGCCAAGGCCGCCGGUUGCUACAAGGUCAUCCUCGAUUGCGAGCCGGAUCGGAGGGCGUUCUACGAGAAGUGCGGCUUCACGGAGAAGAGCAUCCAGAUGGCGCUCUACUUUUGAUACGGAGAAGCCUAUGGUUUUCCUCGUUUAAUUUUAUUUUGUGCAGAUGCAGAUCAAGUAGGAGAGGGGGGACCACGGCCGUCCAAGGAUCCUAGCAGCUUCUUGUAGGUUCUUAAGUGCGCCCUCCGUGGACUCCAUAUUCUUAGGUCCUGCACUCCUCUCUUCUUUUAUGAUUCAGUACCAAUAUUAUGGGAUGUUGCAUGUCCUUUGAAAAUCCUACCUAAUUUGAUACAGUGCAUACUUUCUAAUAGAUGGGUCUUAUUGAUUUCAGCUUAGAUUUUUUAGGAAUUUGAGGAGUAUCUGAAUUUGUAGUCAACGCUAUAUAGAUUUGCUAGCGUGGGUUCUAUUUUAUUCUGGAAACCAUUGGGGUAGACAUUUGAGAGAGAGCGAGAGAGAGAGUUUCAAAGUCAUGACAAGAGAGUGAAAGGAGAAAAAAGAAAAGAUUUAUCAAGUAGUAGGAAACAAAUAAUAAGAAAUCUUCUGUAUAUUUAUUGCUUUCAAGAUUUUUCAUUCUAGGGCUUUUGUUUCUUUUCUUCUUUUUUUUUUUUAUCGGUUAGGUUCACAAACUUUAAUGUACAUGCAUGGAUUGUUCUCUUAAUUUUGAAUCAUUUCUUUAGACUUUCAAUAAUGAUGCGUUUCCAGCUUUACCAAAAGAAAUGAUAUAUUUCCAUAAGAUCUUAAUACCAAUUCAUGUUUUAUCAUUCUUUAAUAUUAUUUGUAACUUUAUAUCUUUUGACCCUUUUUGUGUUGUAGAUUUUAGUUAAAAGAGUUACUUUUUUCGAGGGAAUAGGAAGAGAAAAAUCCCCUCCAAGCUUUUAUUAGAAGAAUAAUUGAGAGUUAGAUUAGUGUUUCCCUUUUAUGAAGAUUAUCACGGAUGUCUGGUUUUGAACUCUUAAUUUCCCCGAAACAUCUUCAACAAAAUGAGGGGGGAACUUCCACCAUUUAGUUUCAAAAGCUAAGUCCCUGAUAUUGAAAGCAAUGUCUAAAAAAUAAAAUCUUUAGAAUAAGAUUAGCCCUCUUAGUUUUUCAUUUUGUGAUCUCACUAUUCAUUUCUUGUUAGUGAUUGAAUAUUCCAGGAUUCAUCACCUCCUCUCUUUCUUUGUGAUUCUUUUUUUUUUUUUUUAAAAAAAAUCUAAGUUAUAUACAUCAUAUUGUCAUAAAUUAACUAAUAUAUUUUCUAGAAAUAUUGGUCAAGCACAAUUUCAACAUAUAUUUUUAGUUUUUAUACUGGCCCUUUUAUGUGGGAAAAAAAAAUUUCUGGAUCAACUCUUGUAUUUAUGGCUAAAUAACACCUGUUAUUUAAAUGCUGUUAUAAAUAAUGUCAGAGGUGGUCCAAGAAACUGUUAUGAUGCUCAUUAUAUCAUUACAGUGGAUCUGAUAUCUUAAAGCAUGGUGAUGGCUUUCUUUCUUUUUUUCUUUCACCUUUAAUUUUCUAAAUGCAAAUGUUCCCGUACCUAUUUGUUUGAUUUCAAAGAACCUUCCCGCACUGGAAAAGGUGAGUCUGCUGAAGAUGAGAUGAGGCAUUGACUCCGAGCUCCUGCGCAGCUCCUCAAUAUCUUUAGAUGGCCAAUCCACAAAGGGUGUGGUGGGCGUGGGGUGCUUUGCCUUUAGGUGUGGUGGAGCUACUUCCCCGUGGUCCGCUGUAAGGACCAGCAGGCACCGAACCCAAAGGCGAUCUGGUGCAUACUUUUUCCUUUUCUGAUCUCCCACAGAUGGCAGGACCACCAUCUUGACGGCAGGAGCUUUAUCCAGUGGCGUCAGAUGGCGGUGAUCGAUGUCAUUUUGAAUCUCCACCGUUCAAUCAAUUCUGAUUUUUAGACCUCGCUGACGUUCGUGACGUGUAUGUAGCUGCACCGUAUAAAGAACUUAAACCUUUAUAUA